AUGGUUCAGAAACCUACCAAAUUCACAGAUAAGGAGGUGAAUAUUGAAUUUGAAGCACAUUCCAUAUCUGACAAUGACUACAAUGGGAUAAAGAAAUUACUACAACAGUUGUUUCUAAAAGCUCCUGUUAACACUGCUGAAUUAACGGAUAUAUUAAUACAACAGAAUCAUGUUGGAAGUAUUAUUAAGCAAGCAGAAGUCCAAGAAGACAGUAGUGAUGAUGAUGAAGAUGAUGAUGAAGUCUUUGGUUUUAUAAGCUGCUUAAACUUGACAGAAAGGAAGGGUACACAGUGUGCUGAACAAAUCAAAGAGCUGAUUCUAAGCAAGUGUGAGAAGAGCUGUGAACAGCAUGUAGUUGAACAACUGGACAAGCUCCUCAAUGACAGUACUAAGCCUGUGGGUCUUCUCCUCAGUGAAAGAUUCAUUAACGUGCCACCACAGAUUGCUCUGCCCAUGCACCAGCAGCUUCAGAAAGAGUUGACUGAAGCACAGAGAACAAACAAACCUUGUGGAAAGUGCCACUACUAUCUUCUUAUCAGCAAGACCUUUACAGAAGCCACAAAGAGCAAUUCAAAGAGGAAGGGAAAGGGAAAUCAGCAGAAGGAGGAAUUAAUGUUUGCAAAUGCAGAGGAAGAAUUCUUUUAUGAGGAAGCCCUUCUGAAGUUCAGCUACUCUGUCCAAGAGGAGAGUGACACCUGUUUGGGCGGGAGAUGGUCCUUUGAUGAUGUCCCAAUGAAACCCUGGAGGACUGUUAUGAUAGUUGCAGCUGAUGGAAUGAAUGUCAUUAUGGAUAAACUCAAAGACUAUCUCUCACUCUGA